UAAAACAAGAAAACUUCGUUCCAUGUUUUGAGCUUCACUGUAUCUAAGUGAGUCAGCCAUUAUGCACCUUUUAACAUUUAUUCUUGUUUGGUUUUUCUGCAUAAAUGUUCAGUCUUUUACUCGUAAAAGAGCAACAUGCAAUACUACAGAGAUAAUGUGGAUUCCUGACAAAUCUGACUAUUUUGAAGAGCAAGUUGAACUGCAACUUACUUCCAGAACAGGCAUGAAUCCUGAUUCAAUGGCGAAGAUUGUACAGGAAGAGUGCAAAUUCGAGAAAAACGUUUCUUCGGUCAAACGAAAAAAGAGAUUUGCAAUAGUCAAAGGAGCGCAUUUUCUAUAUAAAUUCGUGAAAGUGAUCAGUUUUGUGCAGCUGCUCCGAGACCUGUACAGGGGCAGAGGGCUAAUUAAGCUUUACUUCGAACUUGAGAAAAUGAAUAGAGACCUAGAAGAAGAAUAUUUUCGAACGAGUAUUCAAAUUCUGAUGAGUGGUGAGAAAAUUCCGAAGUCAAUUCUCAAUCACCCGAAAGUUUUAUUUGUGAUAAAAAAAAGAAUUCCAAUCGAAAACCAAUACCUCCUAUCACAUGUUUCUGCGGCAGAUGCAACGUGUUACCAACGUAAAAAGCGUUCUAGAGUCGUCAUCGUGUUGAACCUUAAAAUUCCAAAAGUUCAUCAGAACCGUGUGAAGAAAUGCGUUUCUUUCAAUAAUGGCUCACUUUAUCACGUUUCGGAGACGGAAUCGUUGCGAACACUGAGAGUAGAUAUCAAGAAAUGUUUUUUUGAGAACUUGACAUUUUGCCCUCAUGCAGCAGUUCGUGAAAUCAAUUGCACUGAUGAAAAUCUCAGAGCUUACAAGAUUUCAGUUGGGAGGAAAGCCUGAUUUUUUCAUUAAGCUUCUCUGAGCUUCUGACCUCACAGUAAAUUUAUAUUUCCCGCUACAUUCUCCAUCCUCAAUUUUUUUUCUUAUAUCAUUCUGUUAUUCCGCUCCAACUAAAAUCUCUCCAAAAAUCGACAGUUUUGCAAAAAAAAGACCAAGAAAUCAAACAACAAGUGUUAUGAAAAUUCGACGUGGUGGGAACAAUAUGCGAUUAUAUCGAUUGGCGAUUGCGAUGUGGAAUUUGUUCUGUUCAUUUUUUCCGCUGGAUUGAAUAUAUCGGAAAAAAUACCAACAUUUUUUGGGAGUAAUUUUAAUAAAAAU